UUUAGGGAAGUGCAUAUAAUACUAGUACAAUGGCAUCCUGCAGGAGCUGAGACCCCAAAGGCUCCCUCGUUGUUUGCCUUUUCCUGUCUCUCAGACACACACACAUAAACACUGUCACACACACAUGCACUCACGCACCACACAUGCAUAAACACAUACACGACACACUUCUUCCUCUCUCUGUAUUCAUGGUCCGACGUAGGUUGCUAAAAAUCGGAGCUAACCGCCAGUGUCUUGGUUCGCGGUGGUGCAUCGAUUCACGUUAAGAUGGUGAGCUGGAUCCUUUACUAGGCACCGGGGGCUCCUUCGCAACAGAAUUUGUAGCACAGCAUUUCUUAGCUAAAGCCUGUCUGAGGGGAGACUAGCAACAGCCGGGGCUGCCGGGAGCAGAAGGCACUAGCCGAACUGGAAAAGUUAUCAGAGCGCACUUGGGCAAAGUUGAGCCCAAUAACCAUGGGAACCCUCCGGGAUUUACAAUAUGCUCUACAGGAGAAAAUUGAGGAAUUAAGGCAGAGGGACGCAUUGAUCGACGAGCUCGAGCUUGAGCUGGACCAGAAGGAUGAGCUCAUCCAAAAACUGCAGAACGAGCUGGACAAAUACCGGUCAGUGAUCCGACCUGCAACCCAGCAGGCACAGAAACAGACGACGAGCUCCUUGCAUGAGCAGCAGAGAACGAAGAGACAGGCGAUUUCGGCAGAGCCGACCGCCUUUGAUAUUCACGAGCUCAGCCAUGUCACUCUGCCCUUCUACCCUAAGAGCCCACAGUCUAAGGAGCUUAUUAAAGAAGCAAUUCUGGAUAAUGAUUUCAUGAAAAACCUGGAGCUCUCUCAGAUUCAGGAGAUUGUGGAUUCUAUGUACCCUGUGGAGUAUGGAAAAGAGAGCUGCAUCAUCAAAGAAGGAGAUGUGGGGUCACUGGUGUACGUCAUGGAAGACGGUAAAGUCGAAGUGACAAAGGAAGGAGUGAAGCUAUGCACAAUGGGACCUGGCAAGGUAUUUGGAGAGCUGGCUAUUCUUUACAACUGCACUAGGACAGCGACUGUCAAAACUCUUGUGAACGUGAAGCUCUGGGCAAUCGAUAGACAAUGUUUUCAAACAAUAAUGAUGAGGACGGGGCUCAUCAAGCAUGCCGAGUACAUGGAGUUUUUAAAAAGUGUUCCUACAUUCCAAAUCCUUCCUGAGGAGAUAAUUAGCAAGCUUGCUGAUGUCCUUGAGGAGACUCAUUAUGAAAGUGGGGAGUAUAUUAUCCGACAGGGAGCUCGUGGUGACACUUUCUUUAUCAUCAGCAAAGGCAAGGUAACAGUGACUCGUGAGGAUUGUCCUGGUGAGGAACCUAUAUUUCUUCGAACUUUAGGAAAAGGAGACUGGUUUGGAGAAAAAGCUUUACAAGGGGAAGACAUCAGAACAGCCAACGUUAUUGCAGCUGAAGCUGUUACAUGUCUUGUCAUUGACAGAGAUUCAUUCAAGCACUUAAUUGGUGGACUGGAGGAUGUAUCCAACAAGGCCUAUGAAGAUGCAGAAGCGAAAGCAAAAUAUGAAGCUGAAGCUGCCUUUUUCGCCAACCUGAAACUGACGGAUUUCAAUAUUAUUGAUACUCUGGGAGUUGGAGGCUUUGGACGUGUGGAACUGGUUCAGUUAAAAAGUGAUGAAUCCAAAACAUUUGCUAUGAAGAUACUCAAGAAACGACACAUAGUCGACACAAGGCAACAGGAGCAUAUACGGUCAGAAAAGCAGAUUAUGCAGGAGGCUCAUUCUGACUUCAUUGUGAGGCUAUAUAGGACAUUCAAGGACAGCAAGUAUUUAUAUAUGUUGAUGGAAGCGUGCUUAGGAGGUGAACUGUGGACAAUUCUCAGGGACAGAGGCUCAUUUGAGGAUUCUACCACCCGGUUUUAUACAGCAUGUGUAGUAGAAGCAUUUGCCUAUCUGCAUUCCAAAGGAAUUAUAUACAGAGACCUCAAACCAGAAAAUCUCAUCCUAGACCAUCGAGGCUAUGCAAAACUGGUUGAUUUUGGUUUUGCAAAAAGAAUAGGGUUUGGAAAGAAAACAUGGACAUUUUGUGGUACUCCUGAAUAUGUAGCUCCAGAGAUUAUCCUGAAUAAAGGUCAUGACAUUUCUGCAGACUACUGGUCACUAGGAAUUCUAAUGUAUGAACUUCUCACUGGCAGCCCUCCAUUCUCAGGCCCAGAUCCAAUGAAAACAUAUAACAUUAUUCUGCGAGGGAUAGAUAUGAUUGAAUUUCCAAAGAAGAUUACCAAAAAUGCUGCUAAUCUAAUUAAAAAACUAUGCAGGGACAAUCCAUCAGAAAGAUUAGGAAACUUGAAAAAUGGAGUUAAAGACAUCCAGAAGCACAAGUGGUUUGAGGGCUUUAAUUGGGAAGGAUUAAGAAAAGGCACACUGACACCUCCAAUCAUACCCAGUGUAGCAUCUCCAACUGACACUAGCAACUUUGAUACUUUCCCAGAAGACACCGAAGAACCACCACCUGAUGACAACUCAGGAUGGGACAUUGAUUUCUAGUUGUUUUCUUUCACCUGCUUCUGCCUUGCUUAGGACAGCUUCUCUGGGAUAGGGCUGCCAGUAUCCAAUGGAGUGAGAGGAUCAGCGUCAGUGCUCUGGGUCACCAUGAUGCCUUGACUGGUGCUGCUACAGUUUCUACAGUGGCAUUAGGACUUUCAGCUUAGAAAAUAAUGCUUCUCAUAAGACAUACAUUGAACUUAAAUUAGCAAAUAUUAUGGUGGGUCCUGGAGCAAUCUUUUCAUCGGUGAAUAACUUUUUUUUCUUUUUUGCUGCUAUCCUUGAAUUGCUAUUUUAAAUAUUAGGAUACAAACUCAGUUUAUGAGGAAAAAAGAAAUCCAUUGUUUAUUCAUUUUUCAGAUUCAGACAUACAUUUACAUUCAAAUAGCAAUGUAAUUUAGUACUGUAGAUGCCUACAAUGUUUGAUCCCAGGGUAAUCUCAAAUUUUAUAGUUACUGUGUAAGGUCUUAUAUGAUAGGCCAGUGUCUAUAUAUAUAUAUAUAUAUAUAUAUAUAAAACAGAAGACCAUUAACAUAUUGGUCAGAACAAAGUCUUUUUAAACCAGUGUUGAAACUCUGUAUUUUUCAGAAACAAGUUUAAUGACAAGACUGAUUUUUUUUUUUUGACAUAAGCACAGUAGCUAAAACAUUACUUUCAUCACUGCAAAUAUAUUGGGAACCACUGUCAAAACAUUCUUGACUGUAUAAUUCUGUACUGAAUACAUUUUUAUAAUAUUGUUAUUGGCAUACCUACAACAAUACAUAUUUUUUCAGUUGGUCAAUAGUCACAUCAAAAAAUAUCCACUUGUAAUAUUAGCAUAUUUCAGUAAUGGCAUUCUUGUGGAAAAUGACUACCAUUAGAGUAAUGCGACCCCUUCUGUAUGCAUACUGUCUCUCACGUAAUGAUAGUUCUUCAUUUGCAGGCCACCUAACCAAAAUUUCAAGGUGUCAUAUUUUUUUCAGUCUGUAAACCACAGGAAAAAACUUAUCACAAGAUAUUUUGUUCUUUAAAUUAAUAGCUUUAUUUUAUGAUUAUGAAUAUUAAAUCGCUCUCCAUUAAAUCAAAAUUGGCAUGUAUACUUUCAUUUGACAACCACUGACUCUGCAGCAUAAUGUAUGUUUUCCACAUUUUUAGAAGAUGAUGUGAUUUGUUGUACUGAGGACGUAGAAAAGACCAGGAAAUGAACUAAUGUAUUGCCUUAUCUUCUUGGCCUCCUUAUGCAAGCUCCAAAUAGUCGAUAUAAAGUUCCCUUCUUACUGACACAAAGAAAUGUCUAGUAUUCUUGCUAAUACUGUAUGCAGGAGUUCGAAAUCACAAAGACACAGAUAGACUACUAUAUAAAAGUAUCUGAGACUUAUAUUUUGCACAGUGAAAUGCUAUUUUAUUUUAUAUUGCCUUUGUAUGGUUUAGGAUUGAUUUGCAAUACUUUAUAAAACAAAGUUUAGUUUGAAGGUCAUUCAGAUUUGCAAAAAAGUAUAAUUGCCUUGUCCUAUUUAUCUCUAUUUUCCUACAACAUCAAAUCUGUUAACUAUACGUACAAGUAUAUGGUUAACCUGUAUGGGCUGGCCUUGUUCCAGUAUGAGAUUUAACAAUCUAGGGCACCUCACUCAGGUAUCACCAGCAACAUGAAUUCUUAUUAUUUUUUAAGCAUGCACAAUAAUCUGUUUUAGGAUGUUUUUAAAAGUACAGGUGCUGAGGUCCAUAUACCUGAUUGAAACUACAGCCACUGAACUGUAUACAAAAUAAUAAUUUGUAAUAAAUAUGAAUCUUUUUCUGAAAGACUUUAAAAGCUAUUGUGAUACCUAACAGAAAAGAAAUGUGAAAUCCUUAUAUAUGAUGGUUACAUUGUACAAGUCAUAUACUUUUUCACUUUAAUGAAUUAGGUAGCGCUAUACAACAUGAGAUUUAAUAUACUGUAUGUUAGAAAAUAUCAGCCUGUAUAGGAAUCCUCCAAAUGCUUAUUGUAAAAGUAUUUGUAGAAUACAGAAUGUGUCAAUUUACUAAGAAAUGAGGCAUAGAGGAUUAUGAUUGUGUCGCCGACUGUA